GAUAUCCAGUAGUGAGUGUAUAUGAGGAAAGAGGGGGAAAAAAAGAGAGACAGAAAAAAAAAAAAAAAAAAAAAAAAAAAAAAAAAAAAAAAAAAAAAAAAAAAAAACGGGCGGCGGCGCCGAGCGACUCGAUGAGAUAUUCAAGAGGAGAACGGGAUUCCUAGCCAUGGAGUUUUCUCAUCGACUGAUGUUGAUGAAAGAUGAGCUGCUGCGCUGGGACAUGUCGCCGGACCCGCUCAGAACAGUCCUCUUUCCCAGGGCAGUUGAGGGCGUGCUCAAUCGUGCCCAGGCUAGCCCAGCAUCUUCACAUGGUCGAGAGUCACUACAUUCAAAGUAUGACCCGGACCAAGACUCGGACUUUGAAAAGGAACAAGACAGAAGGGUCAACUUCAACAAAAAGAGGGCGCCUUCACCGGCGAGGAAAAAGGGUUUGCAUACAAGCGGGUGAACAGUGGAUGGCGGGACCUCUGGAGCGCGCAAUGGCAUGCGUGGACGAGUCCGGAGCCAUCCAAGCCGCCUCCUUUGCCCCUCUCAAUGGGUGUUUCGAGUGAGAUGACGAUGAACGUUCCGGGAGUCUGUGGCGCUCGAGGAGUCUACGGGAUUUGGAAAGAUUUGAGGCGGCGAGGCUGAAAGAACGGCAAGCCACGAAACUAC